AUUUCGAAAUUCGCUACAAAAGCAGCAACAACGUUUGCCCCAAGGGCGUCAGGUGCAUCGAAGAAUCCGGCAUUUAAAGGGAGCCUUUUGUACACUGUUUUUGAAGUCCAAGCGUGGCUCUUCCUGGUGAUCGGUGGCCUGCUGUCUUUCAACAUCAUUUUUCCGUCAGAUGAACCGAAUAUCGCGCGACUGUUGGGGAUGUGGAGCAUCUGGAUGUUUACCAUACCUGCCUUGCGAGCGCGGGAUUGUUCAGCUGCCGAGAAAGAGGCGCUAAACUACUUGUUUCUGCUCGUGCCAAUUCUGAAUGUAUCGCUGCCCUUCUUGUGGAAGUCCUUUCCUUUUAUAUACUCUGCAGAUGUUGUUGCCCUUGCUGCCCUUUACACGUGGAAAGUGGGCUUACCCUUUGGGGACAAAGAGACAUCCUGA